UCAUUAAUUAUUAAUCGUGGUGGCAAACUUAUGAAAGUUUGAUUGGCAAGGCAAAACAGCUGAUAAACUUUAAAUAGAAUCUGAAAUGAAUGUUUUGUUUAAGUACCGCUAUAGUUUUUUAGCCGGCGCAUGCGCUGCCGGCGGCAGCUUCUUUGGCAAGCUGCCCAGUUUUCUCAGUGCAAUGAACCUACUACAGGUUGAUGCAGUACAACCCGCCGGCUAUGCAUAUCUCGAAUUUGCGUUAGUCCAAGUUUUCCCCCUUGGCCUCAUGUUAUUUUGCAAUGUGUGCAAUCUACGGUACUUUCUGAAGGCCUUGCAAAUGACCCAACAGACGCUGACAGCAACUGUCCUCACUGCUGCCUCCAAUUACGUGUUAUCAUUUAUUCUAGGUGUUCUAGUAUAUCGGGAACCCCUGACAGUAUUAUCCGGUGCUGGCAUCGCUCUCAUAUUAACCGGGCUCUGUUUUCUAUGUGAUACAAAAACGGACGUGAGCCGGCCGCCAGAUGAGCAAAAACAAAAACAAAUCUAGUCAAUUUGAAAGACAGCGUUCUAG